AUGGAGUCAAACUUUGAAGAACUGCAAUACUGUGAUUUUCACUGGAAAGUCAAUCACCUGGCAAGUUUGGAUCCUCUAUACAGUGUAACAAUAGAAAAUCCUUUGUCCAACCUGAUCAAGUAUAGCCAGACAGAGGAACAUUGCCUCUCCAGCUCAUCUUCUGCUGGUGCUUCUGCCUCUGCCUCAUCUGCCUCAAAGCCUACCACGAAUAUAGCAAAAAAACCAGGACCUGGAGUAUUUCAGCCUUCAAAAGCUUUCACCACAUACAAUUACUGUGGUAUAGAAUGGCUGAAGGAAAAUCCCAAGGGCACACAUGAAGAAUUCAAGGUGCCUCAAGGCUUUGAUCAACUCAAAACUUUUGUGACCUUCCCAGCACAAGAUCUGCCCCAAUUUAGCCCUCUUUGCCUCAAUUUUCGCACUUUUGGAGGUCAAGACCGUAGUGUCAGGUUUGUUACAUUAUAUUCUACCUCUGACAAAUUUUUAGAGGGUUGUACAACGAUUGUUGAGCCUGUAGAGGCUCAAGAGUAUAAAGGGUCCAGAUUGCAACGUCUGUCCAACGAUAGUAUGGAAACAUCUUGA